AUGGACACUGAUUACGAAUAUCCCAUCUACGGUUGGACAGCAACGAAUCACCACAAUGAAGCUCUGGAUCUUUUCUAUCAUCGAUGGCAGACGAGACGAGAAGCCCAAGAAAUCUUUCUGGAGCAAGACACUCCUUUCUUGGAAGCAGAAGGUCAUCAACCACAACAAGUCCAAGUAGCUGCCGGUCUUAUCACGCAAGACGACGCCCAGGUGGCAGCGAGUUGGAAUAGUUUGUGGGAUGAGGAGGAAGACAGCGACGAUAUUGAACAAGAAGAGGGCAGUGGCAGUUUUUGUUAUUGCCUUAGUCCAGAAAAAGUGUGCUCGAUGGAAUCCAUUACAUCUACUGGAGGGACAGUUGUGAGCUUCAGUUUUGUCAGUGAAAAUGGAAGGGAAUCCCCAUCCACAGGUGCGCAUAUUAAUGAAGAUUCCCCACAUUUUGGUUAUCAUCUCACUGAUCAAUCUGGUGCAUCAGCUCUAGAUCUGACGAUGCCAUUCCCACCAUAUUCUCACACAAAUCCGGACCCUUCUGGUUCCUCACAUAUCGUCAACACUGACAACCUCACUAAAGGCAAAGACCCUGACCUGUCUGGCCCAGAACGCUCUGGCUUGCCAUCCUACGACCUCGGCCGCCGCGCAGCUGCUCACAGCCAUGAUCAAGAUGACCCUCAGACAGACAGGCCUACUCAUGGUACACGCUGGGAGCCGAUUAGAGUCAUGCUAGGCAACUGGGAGAAAGAGUAUGAUGUUAUCAAGCCCUAUGCCGAUUACACCGACGUGCCUUCUCCCAUCAUCCUGCCAGGAUCUCCACCACAGCCUCCCCUAAAACCAUCUCUUUCUCGAUUCUACAAAGUCCCAACAGUGCGUGAUCCUCUUGAGGACUAUCUCAAAUCUAGGCGUAACAGGAAUGUAAAGGAGCCUUCGCCUCCAGCACCACCACUCCAGUUCCCUGAGCACAUCGCAACUUCCACGAACCAGAACCAGAACCUGCGUCAUUAUCAUCUGCAGCGAAGCAACUCCGAUAUCUCCUUCCUCGACCUUGGGGAUCCUUACCAGCCGUUGGAUGCGAAGAAUCUUGCUGGAGAUUCCAGCGCGCCGCUUUCUCUAUCCAUAUCUAGGGGCGUUAGAGUAUCUGGACAGUCAACAAGAGGACUUCGCGCACGCCGCGGACUGGAAGGCGCAAACACGCUUUCGGUACAGAUUCCUGCAAAAAACGAGACGAAACGAUCUGCCUCGGGUUCUCCCCAGUCAAAGGAGGCAUCGACUACAUCUUCGCUUGGUGCUACGUUCCAGCUCGACGAAGAAAUGAAUAACUCGUGA